AUGAAUGACAACUGCGUCAGUGCUAACUUCAAAAAAGAGCCAGAGAAUGAAGGAAACGAUUACAUCUGUGAACUGAAUAACGCCACUCAUCUUGAACAUGAUACUGACCUGAUAACUGAUGCCGAUUUUUAUUAUCGUGGCUCAAAGGUAAAAUAUAAAGUAUAACUUAAAUUCAGCAACUCGACGCUUUUCGAUGAAUCGUGAAAAACAACCAUUAAUUAUCAAAACUUCAGUUCGUUCAUUUAUCUAUCAAUCAUUCAAUACAUCCAUAUUUCUUCUUUUAUUUUUUUUCCUUUCAGAACGCCUGCGGUAAAAACCCACCGUGUCGAAAUAAUGCAACUUGUCAGUCUGGUUUCACAAUCAAGGGAUAUCGAUGCUUGUGCCCUCCUGGAUUAGAAGGAGAACAUUGCGAAAAAGGUUAAUUGCAGAAUGUGCUGAUAAGAACAAAAUAUUUCCUAGACAAACCACCCCUAUUUAUAUAUCACGUUUGGCCGUCGAAUGCGUAUCUUAAAGGAAGGUUACCAAGGCUAAUCUUCGACGACUGAUAUCCGGCUUCAGUGUGAAAUGGUGCCAAGAGAGAAAUUCUACUGCAGUGGAAGUUUUGGUUUAAUCUAAAUUAACAAUUUAUUUGUCGCAAUGAUAACUAACUAAAUGCUUUUUCACCUCAUAAGACUUUAUAAAGCGAAUGUAUAUCUCACUCGUGUAACCACUACCGUUGUAUAAUUUUUCUUUUCUUUCCUAUUUUUUUAGAUAUUGAUGAAUGCCACAAAAAUACCCACGAUUGUCACCUGAACGCUACUUGUCAAAACACAAAUGGAUCCUUUGUGUGA